GGUGUUGAGCCUUGGACUCGCCGCGGCUUCGUAUCCUGACAGCGUCAACGUGGUUACAGGCCGCCCUGGCCCGCUGAGUUGUGGAGCAAAGACUUCCACUUCUGUCCGCUUCCGGUCCCUGACGAUGCCGGGCAGCAAAUCGCUGGUGACUUACCGACGCUUCUCGAUCUCGACACUCAAGGUGACCGCUGCCGUAAAUGCGACUAAAAGGAUGUCAGCAACGGAUGUGGUACAGUGCGCGAGGCAGGCCGCCUUGGAAGACAUGGCUGGGUUUUCUUUCAAUGGAACCUGCACAGCAUACAGAUUUGGCAAGAAACUCUGCUCCUGUUCGACGGAAGAACCAGUCAUUUACGUGACCAACUCCAGUAUUUCCUACGGAACUCCUUCAAGUGUUCCUUUCAGCGCUGCUCCCUACGUCAACGUCACUGUUGAGAACACCGGAUUGAAGCAGUACCAGCUCGUGAAUUUCUUCAUGGAUGUCAUUGAGAACAAAAUUAUAGAGCCAACUGACAUCCCAGGGGCAGCCUUGGAAUACUCCUUCUUUCCUCAAGACGAUGGCACCUACAAAUCUAUUUUUAUACAAGGUGUGGACCUGGCUUCUUGCGUCACCGACUCUCCAUGCGGGUUACCUGUCCUAGUCUUCAUAACGUACCCAACUUACUACCUGCUGAACGAAUGCGGCAGGACCAUUGAACUUACGGCUGACCUCUCCAAGUCAGACUUCGUUAUUGUGUACUCACACCCUGGAUUCGGGUGCAAGGCAUUCCCGGACGGUCCUACAUACAACUGCACCGUUACUUUCACAUCAAAUACUACUCUUGCCUUUAUUUUUUUGGGAUUUUAUUUCGAUGCCGCUGCCGCUACCUGCGACGGCUACACACUGCGCGCUUCUUACGAUACCACGCCCGACGCCGAUUUCUGCACUGUUGCUAAGGACGGACGUGGCAAUACAACAAUCACUCUGCGAGGCCAGGCGCUGGCCAAAACCUUCAAGGCGGGGUUCUUCUUCUCAUUCGGGAAGUAAUUGUGCCCCGUUUGCCCCCAUCGUCACCCCACGUGUCCCCCAUCACAGCAACAUCACAUACAUGAUCACCGAAGCCUUCACCUCAAGCGGGGGAUUACAAUUCCACACAAACUAAAAUUUAUAUUCUUCUGAAGUCAUAUUUUUGAACUUAGUUGUGACUGCGCCUCAGAGAGAUAUGCGACUUCGCCUCAGAGAGGGAUGUGACUGCGCCUCAGAGAGGGAUGGAGAACAAGGGGUGAACUGCGAUAGAAAAUAAAUGCAGAAAUAAUCAGAAAUACCUCAUAGAAUAGGUUGGGGGCUUACGGGGUGUAGGCAACGCUGGACUUUUGGCAACCUUGAAGACGACAACUCAUUGUAUCUCGCUUACUGUGUGAUGCCAUGCACAAGGGCUGUUACUUUAGCUGUGGGAAGUGGUGAUGCCAUGCACGAGUGCUGUUACUU